ACAAUGAAUUACUCUCGCCUUCCGGGAAUCCCCGGGACGAUCCGAGCCCUCUGACAAACAUGACAGACCGAUAUUUCGGCGAAUCCCUGCCCCGCGACGAAUUCACCGCGGAGACCCUCCAGCAUCUCGACGUCCGUCAGUCCAUCACGGACCAGACCCGGUUCGCCCAGCAUGUGAAGCUGGAAUUCGAUCCCGACGGCAAGUCAAACGCGGACCAGUCCCCGUGGGUACUCAUGGGCGGCAGCUACCCGGGGGCGCUGGCCGCCUGGACGUCGAGGAUCGAGCCGGGCGUGUUCGCAGCCUACCACGCGAGCUCUGCGGUCGUGGAGGCCAUCCACGACUUCUGGACAUACUACGCGGUCACCGAGGCGGCGCUGCCUCCCAACUGCUCGGCCGACGUACGCCGGGUGGUUAGCCACCUCGACCGCAUAUUCGACGAGGGAUCGGAGCGAGACAUUCGGGAACUCAAAGAACAGUUCGGCCUCGGGAGCCUCGACCAAACGGGUGACUUCGUGGCCUACCUGGCGCAGCCGCUGGGGCAGUGGCAGGUGGAUCCCGGUUCGGUGUUCAAGUUCUGCGACCGUCUCGAGGCACCCGCCAUCAACGGGACGGUAGUCCCCUCGGACGACCAGGCCGGCGUGGGCUUGGAGGCGGCCCUUCCGGGGUAUGCGACCUGGAUCAAGGAACAUUACGGGGAACGGUGCUCCAACGGGUCGUGCAGCACGUUCGGGCAUCCCGAGAAGUUCAACCGGCCACACGACCUCGGCGCGGACCGGGCGUGGUUCUGGCUGUUGUGCAACGAACCUUUCUAUUGGUGGCAAGUAGGGCCCCCUGUGUCGGACGGGAAGAACGUCGUGUCGGGGUUGCUGCGGCCGCAAUACUUCCAGCGCAUGUGCGACCUUUACUUCCCCGAGGUGGGCGGGUUUGCGCCGGCCAGCGCCAAGGGUCACACGACGGAGGAUAUCAACCGGUACACUGGCGGCUGGGACGCCGAGUUCGACAAGGUGCUGUUCUGCAACGGCGAGAAUGACCCGUGGAUCUCGGCGACGCUCAGCUCGCGGUUCCGGCCGGGCGGGCCCAGAGAGUCGACGGACCAGACGCCCGUGCUGGUUAUGAAAGGGGGGAACCAUGUGCCGGACUUCGAUCUGCGCAUGGAGGACGGCGAAUUCAUGGACUUCGUGGACAAGGAAGUGAAGAUUAUAGGACAAUGGCUGAAGGAUUGGAAGCCGAAUUCGCAAACCGCUAUGUAUGAGGCGUAGACAUUGGGAAAUUCCUUAGCAGCACCAAGGGGCCCUCUGCCCUCUCCUUUG